UUUUAAAAACCCUCUUCAUUCACAUGCCCAACUUGUCUCUCUCUCUCUCUCUCUCUCUCAAAUCCAUUAUUUCAUAUCCUUCGUCUUUCUUCUUCCUCAUCCAUUAUUUCUUGCUAUAUUAAUGGCAGAAUCCUUAUUCAAACGACAACACCCCACCUAAAAACACCCCUCUCUUUUCUUCUUCUUCUUCAUCUCAGAAUUCGAAGCACCCAAAUCAAUCGAAUAAUACCUAAUAUGGACAUUGUUAAUUUCUUCACCUAUUACUGUCUCCCUCUCCUCCCUCUCCUCUCCAUUCUCUGCAAAUUCCUCUACGACCGCCGCCACCGCCACUGCUACCUCCUCGACUACGAGUGCUACAAGCCGACCGACGACCGGAAACUCAGCACCAAAUUCUCCGGCGAGGUCAUCCGCCGGAACAAGCACCUCGGCCUCAACGAGUACAAAUUCCUCCUCAAAGCCAUCGUCAGCUCCGGCAUCGGCGAAGAGACCUACGCCCCGAAAAUGGUGUUCGACGGCCGCGAAGCAUCUCCGACCCUCGCCGACGGACUUUCAGAAAUGGACGAAUUCUUCCUCACCUCCAUCGACGCCCUCUUCAAACGCACCGGCGUCUCGCCGGCGGAAAUCGACGUCCUCGUCGUCAACAUCUCCAUGCUCGCGACGAUCCCGUCGCUGGCGUCGAGAAUCGUCAAUUUUUACAAGAUGAGGGAGGACAUUAAAGUUUACAACCUCACCGGAAUGGGUUGCAGCGCCAGCAUCAUCUCCGUCAACGUGGUGCAGAACAUUUUUAAAACCAGGAAGAAUUUACAGGCCCUGGUCGUCACCUCCGAGUCGCUCAGCCUCGGCUGGUACAACGGCAACGACAGAUCCAUGAUUCUGGCGAACUGUCUUUUCCGAUCCGGUGGCUGCGCCUUCAUUCUUACAAACAAACCCUCGCUCAAAGAUCGGGCAUUGCUAAAGCUUAAGUGCCUUGUCCGUACACACCAUGGAGCUCGUGAGGAGUCCUACGACUGCUGCAUCCAGCGCGAGGACGAUAAAGGGCUCGUCGGUUUCCAUUUGGGGAAGAAUCUGCCGAAAGCGGCGACUCGUGCUUUCGUCGACAACCUUAAAGAAAUCGCCCCGAGAAUACUCCCGGUCCGGGAGCUUCUCCGGUUCUCGGUCCUUCUCCUAUGGCGGAAGCUCCGGCAGAAAUGGGACAAGGCGGCGGCUGGCGGCGCGACUUCCCGGCCGGUGAUCGAUUUCAAAACAGGUGUGGAUCAUUUCUGCCUCCACACCGGCGGGAAGGCGGUGAUCGACACGAUCGCGCAGAGCUUGAAUUUGAGCGAGUACGAUGUUGAACCGGCCCGGAUGACUCUCCACCGGUUCGGGAACACGUCGGCGAGCAGCCUCUGGUACGUUUUAGGGUACAUGGAAUCGAAGAAGAGGUUGAAGAAAGGGGACAAGCUGUUCAUGAUAAGCUUCGGGGCCGGGUUCAAGUGCAACAGCGCCUUGUGGGAGGUGGUCCGGGACCUCGACGGCGCCGGGAACGUCUGGAAGGGAUUCAUCGACAGGUAUCCGAUGAAGAAUCUCACGAAUCCUUUCAUGGAGAAGUACGGAUGGCUUCAGCACGAAGAUCCAGCCACGUUUUAUGUGCCAGAUGACUACGAAAUUCCCGAUUGAUUAUAUCUUUUUUUUUUUCGAAUUAAAAAGAAAAAGAAAAAUGAAUUCUUGGGGAUGUAUGUAUAUUUAUAUUUAUAUUUUUGGGGUUUUUUUACAGCUUCUUGAUCAUUCUAAUUUGAAAAAAAAAUACGUGUUUUUACUGUGUUCGGGGGAAUUGGGAUUUUAUUUUAUUUUUGUUUGGGCUUCGAUUGCCGAUAUAAGAUUAAUGACUGCGUUUUUCUAAUAGUUUGAACUUUUAGAUGACACAGUCAUUAUCCGACAAUUUUAAUUUUUUACAUUAUAUAUAUAUACACGUUAUAGAAGGUUUGAUACCUGAGUUGGACAGUGCAGACACAGCAUACAUAUAUGUAUAGAGAGACAUAUGAGCUGUAUUUUACUUCCAUUUGGUUACAAGAAUUAAUAUUUGGAAUAUGCUA